UUACUUACCUGCCCACACACCUGUCCCUUCAUAUCAUUUUCAACCGACGCAAUUUCAUUUUCAAUUGAAUUAAAUUGCAUUGAUUCGUGAUUUUAAAUCGGUAAUAGUCAUUCAUUGCACUCUCGUUUUCAGAGAGUGACAGAAAUCUUUGUCAAGUCGCCGGCUUCUCAACUUGUGAAAUCUUUUUUUGGACCUUUUUGUUAGCAUAUUUUAAAGAAAUGUUCCUUGGAUUUUGUAUUUUAAAGGGAAUUCAUACCAUGAUACACGCUCCGGCUAAACCAAAGUUGCUCGUCAUUAGCGGUCCUUCCGGUUCCGGCAAGUCAACUAUGCUUCAAAAAUUAUUCUCCGAGUUUCCGGAUAAAUUUGGCUUCUCGGUUUCUCAUCAAUCGCGAGCUCCUCGAGCCGGUGAAGUUGACGGUGUGCAUUAUCAUUUUUGCACCAGGGAAAAAAUAGAAAAAAUGAUCGAAAACGAAGAGUUCCUAGAAUCGGCUGCUUACACGAAUCAUUUAUGUGGAACCAGUAAAGCGGCUGUCGAAAAAGUAUGGAGUGAGAAUAAAAUUUGUGUUUUAGACAUCGAUACCGAAGGAGUAAGGCAGUUAAAGUCCAAAGCUGGUCUAGAUCCGUUGUUCGUUUUCAUUAAACCACCUUCGUUGCAAAUUUUAGAAAAAAGAUUGAGGGAUCGGAAAACGGAUUCUGAAGAAAAUAUACGACGACGGCUUAAAGUAGCCGAAUCUGAACUAGAAUAUGCCAGUGACGAAUCGAAUUUCAAUUUGGUGAUAGUUAACGAUGAUUUGGAAAAAGCAUAUACCCAAUUAAGAGAUUUCAUUUAUGAAAAAUACAAGAAUAUUCUUUCGUCGAAAAAUAAAUCCUCGUGAAACGCUUCUUGCCUUCUCUGAUUGAUUAUCUCGCGUACUUAGAAAUCGAUACAAUUACGCUUAAUCAGCUUACAAGAACGAUGUGUCACUCGUCUAACUAAUCGUUAUUGAUUUUUUAUUGACUAAAUUACUUAUGUGUUUUUGUGUGAAUAUGUUCGUGUCUGGCCUGAGUUCACUUAUUAGAUAUCUUUGUUGCUUCGAUCGUAUCUUAAUGGAUCAGUAUUUUCAUACAUCUAUGCUUCCUUUAGAAAAUUUGUUUUCUUAAUAAUCAACGUGUUUCCUUAAGGUGAAAAAAAAUCAAAAUUUUAAAAUCUGUUUUUAUCUAAUCGAGCGUAACAAUUCACGACACUUUUACCACCGCCAAGCUUAUCAUCAUAACUAAAAAAAAAUCUUUCAACGAUGUAUUUCUCUAAAAUGUAAGAAGUAUUAAAUGUAUAAUAAGUAAAUUAAGAUUUAAUUAUACAGAUUUGUAUUAAUUUUUACAUGUCCACGGAGUAAAUUAUUUAUUUUUUACA